GCACCUGCAGCUGCUGGCGGGAAAUCGAAACUCAAGCUGUUGAAACCGCUGCCCCUGCCCUUUCGAAUCUCAUCUCGAGACUCCCGAGGCGUCCCAGCCCGCGUUCCCGCCGCAGCGGCGGUCGGGCACCCGCGGACUCAGAGCUAUGUUCACCCGCACUCCGGUGGUGGGCUCCGGGCUCGGCGCCCCCCCCGCCCCCCGCCCGGCCCGGGACCCCUCCGGGCGGCCUCGGGAGCCGGGCCAGCUGCAAGGUCCCAGACCGGGUUCGCAGGCGACCCCCCAGAGCCCUUCGCAGGAGAGCCCACGGCUCGCCGGCCAGCGGUACACAGGCGCAUAUACCUUGAUAACACCAAAUGAAAACCGAAGAAAUCAGAUACAAAGGAUUGCUGAGAAAGAGCUGGAAAAUCUUGAGAAGUGGAAAGAACAACAACGAGCGAAGCCUGUUACCCUGGUCCCAAGGCGCUUAGGUGGAAGCCAAUCGGAAGCUGAAGUCAGGCAGAAACAACAACUCCAACUGAUGCAAUCGAAAUACCAACAAAAGCUAAAAAGAGAAGAAUCUGUAAGAAUCAAGAAGCAAGUGGAAGAGGCCAGAAUACAACAGAUGAAGGCAGUUCAGAGACAGAAGAGCAAUAAACUAGAGGAGAAAAAAAGACUUCAAGAAAACCUCAGAAGAGAAGCAUUUAGAGAGCACCAGCAGUACAAAACUGCGGAGUUCCUGAACAGACUGGACACAGAGUUGCCAGAUAGAAGUACCUGUCAAAAGGCUCUUCAUGACUCACAGUCUUCAACUUGGAAACUUCCUGUCCUGCCUGGGAAUCCUACCUCGGCCAGAAGCUGGGCUUACAAGCAUUCUCUAAAGGAAGAAGAAAAUAAGAAAUUGCAAAAGAUGAAGGAGGAACAACGUCAGAAGAGUGAAUUACUGGAAUUUAACCGGCAGCAACAGGAGGAAGAGAGAACCAGAACCCACCAGGCUGAACACAAGAGGGUAAAUAAUGCUUUUCUGGACCGACUCCAAGGCAAAAGUCAACCAGGUGGCUUCGAGCACUUUGGAGGCCAUUGGAAUAUGAAUAGUGGUAACAGCUGGGAUGUAUGAGAAAUAUUUACUUACAUCUGUCCUUUGUCAACGGACCUUGAAGAACAUCACUCAAUGCUUUUCCUUCAUGCUGCUUUGUUUAUCCUUACUGUUUUCACCUUGACUUCAACUGCCCACUCACUCAGCUGAACACGUGGGAAUGACCCGUUUUCCCCUGUCAUUAUUUACACGUGCUUGCAGGAGCUGAUUGCUGAGCUCAUGCUUAAUUUCUACUUCCAGUGAAAUGUUGCACUGUUUUUCUCAUUGGUUUCACGUCUUAUUGGAAGUAUAAUUACAGCCAUGUUAGUAAGAUGAAAAAGGAGGGAAUCAUUUGCUGCUUUCAGGUGUAUAAGAGCUAUACGGGUGCUACAGGCUUAUCUCUCUGAGUAGCUAACUCUUACGUAAUUCUCAGAUCAGGUUUGGGGAAUCUUGGGCAUUUUUUUUUGGAUUUUAAGCUCUACUUAAUCCAGGGUACAAACUUGAGAAAAAGAUAAAAAAUAAAUCUUUUAUAUUCUUUUGAACACACUUUUAAAUAAAUUUUGAAAUACUUCUGUGUAAA